UGUCAAUUGAAUUCAGGUAAAUCUGACGAGCAAGAAGACGAGACAUUUAAAUGUAUCGAUUGCUUAUCUGGAGUAGCACCUGCCUGUUUUCUAUGCAAUGAGAGAGAAGGUGAUAGGAUACGAUGUAUUGUUCCGGCUUGUGGGAAACAUUAUCAUUCCGACUGUUUGUUAUCAUGGCCUCAGUCGCAUUGGCAAGGUGGACGAUUGAUCUGUCCAUACCAUGUAUGUCACACGUGUAGCUCGGAUAAUCCACAAGAUAAUCGUUCGCGCGCCCCGAACGAGAGACUGGCCAGAUGCGUCCGUUGUCCUUCAGCUUAUCACGCAUCAACAUUAUGUUUACCUGCUGGCUCGUUAAUUCUGACAGCUAGCCAAAUUGUAUGUCCAAAACAUUACAAAGCGCCGCAUCCACCAUUGAAUGCAGCAUGGUGUUUCCUAUGUACACGUGGCGGAAGUCUCAUUUGUUGCGACACAUGUCCGACUUCUUUUCAUUUAGAGUGUUUGGGUAUAAAUGCACCUGACGGUGGAUUUAUAUGUGAGGAUUGUGAAACGGGAAGAUUACCUUUGUAUGGAGAGGUUGUAUGGGUGAAACUUGGCCAUUAUCGAUGGUGGCCAUCGCGUAUAUGUUAUCCACAGGAAAUUCCAGAAAAUGUAGACUCUAAGCCUCAUGAGCCCGGUAAAUUUUGCAUAAUGUUUCUGGGAUCUAAUGAUUAUUAUUGGGUGCAUAGAGGUCGGGCUUUUUUGUAUCAAGACGGUGACGCAAAUAUAAAAGUACCUAUGGGUAAAAAGAGUUUAAUGGACGAUACAUAUCGAAUAGCUCUUGAAGAAGCCAAUAAAAUACAUCAACAAUUAAAAGCAACACGAUCCAAGACUAAAGAACCAAAAGGAUUGAAACCACCAUCAUAUGUAAAAUUAAAAGUACGGUUUAUACUACGGUUUAUAUUAGAAAGGAUGAAUAAGCGUAAUAAGAGCGCAUUCUUUUUAACCGCUCAUCAAUGAAUCAAGCAAGCGAACGCAAAACAAACAUGAAUGAAUAACAAUAAUGUUUUUGCAUUUAUUGAAAUAAAUUCGAUGUUUGUUCGCUUACUUUUGGUCUGGAUUCCGUUUUAAUUAAUGUUCAUCGUUUGUACUCAUCGCGUAUCGUUUAUUCUAAUUCGAUUAAGCUCGCUUGUAGAUAUUUGUUCGUACUUAUUCACUCUUGCUUAUUUGAUCUAAAUUUACUUUCUAGCUUUUUUAUAUAGUAAUUUAUCAUGUCUUUAAAUCAACAUUGCUGUUUUAUUGUUGCAAUUUUAUUGAAGAUUUUGAAAGUAUUUGAAGUAUGAAAAAUAUUAUAUAUGAU